CGCACGCUAGUCCCGCCUCCUCCCGAGGGUCCUCUGCAGACUAGGAGGGACAGGAUUUCUUUGUCGCUCGUGAUUUUUCCGGGAGCAGAGGCUGCGCUGGGCCCCUGCGGUCAGGUCGGCUGCUGUCUGGGCCGCGAGGCGGGCAAUCCCCGGGGACCUCCAGGCGGGCUCUCCACUUCCCCAGUCCCGCGGGCGUGCGUGCGUGCGUGCGAAGUCGGCCCCGCGGACGCGGCGGCGCAGUGGAACCUUCAGUGUUUUACGUUCUUCCAGGAGCAGCAGAAAAUGAACAUCGCUCAGGGAUCCGUGUCAUUCGAAGACGUGACUGUGGAGUUCACCCAGGAGGAGUGGCCGUACCUGGGCCCUGCUCAGAGGGCCCUCUAUAGAGAUGUGAUGCUGGAGAACUACAGCCACCUGGUCUCCGUGGGGUAUUGCAUUACCAAACCCCAGGUGAUCUUCAAGUUGGAGCAAAGGGAAGAGCCCUGGUCCUUAGAGGAAGAAUUCCUAAACCAGAGGUACCCAGGACAUUACAAAGUUGAUGUCUACCUUGCAGGGAACCAGGAAGAACAAGAAAAACCUCUGUGGCAAGUAAUAUUCAACAAAACAUUGCGUAAAGAAGGUCAGAAAGAUAUAGAAAAACCAAUUAAUCUGGAUACAACUCUAGAAUUUUCAGGAAAAAUGCCCUGCAAAUGUGACUCACGUAGAAUGAAUUUGCCACAGGUUUCCGAAUUAAUUGUUAAUGGUAGAAACUGUUCAAGAAAGAAGACUGAUUACAUGAAUGUAUGUGAAAAGUUGCAGCUUGAUAUUAAACAGGAGACAACUCACACUGGAGAGCAAUCUCACAAAUAUAAUAAAAAUGUGAAUGUAGUCAAUCAUAAGGAAUAUUGUCAGAAAUUUCAAAGUCUGGAGCAGCCUUUUGAAUGUAAUGAACUUGGAAAAGUUUUACAUGGUGAGACUGUUGUCUGUGUUACAGCGCAGAGUUGUCUAACAGAAGAGGAGUCCUGUCGGGAUGAUGAAUUUAGGAAAAACGGUGAUAAAUCAGCUAUAUUUAACCAAAUGAAGGCUGACACAAGAGACGAAUGCUUUGAUAUUAAUGAAUGUGAGAGAUCCUGUGACGAAAAUACCAUUGUGGAAUUCAAUAAAGAUUGCAGGGCUAUGAUAAACUAUGAAGGUAAUGAAACUGGAAGUAACCUCAACAAGAAUUCACUCUGCACUCAACCUCAGCAAACUGUCAUAAGACAGGGUGAUUUUGAAUGGAAUAAAUGUGAAGAAAAUAUGAGCCAGAGCUCAAUCCAUCUAGUACAUCAGAAGAUACAAACUGGAGAGAAGUUCUGUGUUUUUAAUGGACAUACAGAUACCUUCUGCCAGGAAUUUGACUUUACAAUACGUCAGAGAACUCAAACAGCAGAGAAAUUCUACCAUUGUGGUAAAUAUGAGGAAUACUCAUGUGAAAACUCACUUCUCAGUGUACAUCAGGAGAGUGACACAGGAGAGAAGUCAUUUGAAAAUAAUGAAUGCAACAAAUCAUUUUAUAAGAAAGCACACAUCAUUCAGCAUCAAAGGACCCGCUCAGGGGAGAAAAUGCAUGAAUAUCAGGAAAGGAGGAAAUCCUUUUGUUCAAAUUCAAACACUAUUCAUUCUCCUACUACUCAUAUGGCAGUCAAUCUCUGUGAAUGUAAUGAAUGUAGGAAAACUCCCUGUCAGGCAUCAAACCUCAGUGAACAUCUCAUAGUUCACACAAGGAAAAAACCUUAUGAUAACAAUGCAUUUGGGAAAUCUUUCAAGAAACCUGUCCUUUUAGUACACCAGAGAACACUCACUGAGGUGAAACGCUAUCAAAGUAGAAAAUGUGGGAAGUCAUUCGUCAAGAUGAAACAGCUGAAAGAACAUCAGAGAAUUCACACCAGAGAGGAACCUAAUGAAUGUACUGAAUGUGGGAAAACUUUUGCCCAAAAUUCAGUCCUUAGAAAACAUCAGAGGAUUCACACAGGGGAGAAACCCUAUGAAUGUAAUGAAUGUGGGAAAACUUUCUCCCGAAGGGCAAACCUGUAUGUACAUCAGAGAAUUCACACAGGGGAGAAACCCUAUGAAUGUAAAGAAUGUGAUAAAACUUUUGCCCAAAAUUCAGCACUUAGAUUACAUCAGAGAAUGCACACAGGGGAGAAACCCUAUGAAUGUAAUGAAUGUGGAAAAACUUUCUCCCGAAGGGCAAACCUGUAUCUACAUCAGAGAAUUCACACAGGUGAGAAACCCUAUGCAUGUAAUGAAUGUGGGAAAACUUUUACCCAAAGGACAAACCUGUGUGAACAUCAGAGAAUUCACAGAGGGGAGAAACGUUAUGAAUGUAGUGAAUGUGGGAAGAGUUUCUCCCAAAGGACAUACCUGUGUGAACAUCGGAGAAUUCACACGGGUGAGAAACCCUAUGAAUGUAAUGAAUGUGGGAAAAAUUUCUCCCGAAAGACAAUUCUGUGUGCACAUCAGAAAAUUCACACAGGCGUGAAACCCUAUGAAUGUAAAGAAUGUGGAAAAACUUUCUCCCGAAGGACAAACCUGUGUGAACACCAGAGAAUUCACACAGGGGAGAAACCCUAUGAAUGUAAAGAAUGUGGAAAAACUUUCUCCCGAAGGACAAACCUGUAUGUACAUCAGAGAAUUCACACAGGGCAGAAACCCUAUGCAUGUAAUGAAUGUGGGAAAACUUUUACCCAAAGGACAAACCUGUGUGAACAUCAGAGAUUUCACAGAGAGGAGAAACGUUAUGAAUGUAGUGAAUGUGGGAAGAGUUUCUCCCAAAGGACAUACCUGUGUGAACAUCGGAGAAUUCACACGGGUGAGAAACCCUAUGAAUGUAAUGAAUGUGGGAAAAAUUUCUCCCGAAAGACAGUCCUGUGUGCACAUCAGAGAAUUCACACAGGCGUGAAACCCUAUGAAUGUAAAGAAUGUGGAAAAACUUUCUCCCGAAGGACACAGCUGUGUGAACACCAGAGAAUUCACACAGGGGAGAAACCCUAUGAAUGUAAAGAAUGUGGAAAAACUUUCUCCCGAAGGACAAACCUGUAUGUACAUCAGAGAAUUCACACAGGGGAGAAACCCUAUGAAUGUAAAGAAUGUGGAAAAACUUUCUCCCGAAGGGCACAGCUGUGUGUACAUCACAGAAUUCACACAGGGCAGAAACCCUAUGAAUGUAAUGAAUGUGGGAAAACUUUUGCCUAUAGUUCAAGCCUUAGAUUGCAUCAGAGAAUUCACACAGGGGAGAAACCUUACAAAUGUCGUGAAUGUGGGAAAAGUUGGGCUAACUCUUCAACCCUCAGGAUACACCAGAGAAUUCACACAAAGGAGAAACCCUAUGAAUGUAAUGAAUGUGGGAAAUCUUUCUCCGAAAGGAGAGACCUGUGUGUACAUCAGAGAAGUCACACAGGUGAGAAACCCUAUGAAUGUAAUGAAUGUGGGAAAACUUUCUCCCAAAGGACACAGCUGUGUGAACAUCAAAGAAUUCACACAGGUGAGAAACCCUAUGAAUGUAAAGAAUGUCGGAAAACUUUCUCCCGAAGGACACAGCUAUGUGUACAUCAGAGGAUUCACACAGGGCACAAACCCUAUGAAUGUAAUGAAUGUGGGAAAACUUUUUCCCAUCGUACAAGCCUUAGAAUACAUCAGAGAAUUCACACAGGGGAGAAACCCUAUGAAUGUAAUGAAUGUGGGAAAACUUUUGCCCGAGAUUCAGGCCUCAGUCAACAUCAGAGAAUACACAGACGGCAGAAACCUUAAGGAUGUAAUGAAUGUAGGAAAACUUUUGCUGAUAAUUCAUCCCUCAACGUACACCGGAGAAUUCACACAUGGGAGAAACCAUAUGAUUGAAUGAAUGUGGGAAAACUUUUGUCGCUAAGACAGCUCUUAGAGUACAUCACAACAGAAUGCACGGCAGAGAAUGUCGAAUGUCCCAAAGGAAAUCAUGACACUGUGAAGAAGCUCAUAACACAUAGACUAGCAAAGUUUUUUUCCUUUAGCUAUUUCUUUUUGUGCUAGGUACAUAGCUUGUGUAAAUUUCCCAGUCCCGGUGGGUCUGUUCAUGGAAUAUGAUGCUAUUUAUUUAAGACUGUCCUUAAAAUAUCACUUUAUGUUUCUGCUGUCUGUGUUAUCCUGGAAUGGAGAAAUUUUCAUGGCAAACUUGGGUCCUGUGUAUUGAGCAUAGCACCAAGGUUAAGGAAGCUAGAACCUGAAUAAUGGGGUGAAAGAGAAUUGCCCACUAACAGAUCUUCACCAGUUUUUUGUUUGUUUGUUUAAGCAAGAAUUAAGUUUGUACUGUGUGAAGCUGUUCCAGAUUAGUGUCUGUUGGUCAAAUGCAUAUAGUUUAGGCAACUCUGUUAGAGUGGAAUGAAAUGCUAUAAAUAUAAUAAAAUCUCAGAAGACCUUUCAGAAUUCAACCUAUCAUUGUACAUCAGAGACUACACAUGAAGAAGAGGACUUCUGUCAAAUGUCCUGAAUAAUCAGAUGGCUUCAUUAAAAAUCAGAUAUCUAAGGGAAAAACAUAAAAGCUUUUACCAUCAAUUGAAUUUCAUUAAACAUGAAAUAAGAUCUUAUACUGUGAUAAUUUGUGAACGUGUACUGAAAUUGCAUCAGAUUUUUUCCUGAGUAAAUGCGUCAGUUUCAAACUUGAUAAAUUCUUCACCGAGAACUGAUGUACUGAAACUUGUGAUUUAUGUGUAAUAUUAAAUUUAUAGACAAUAUAGAAGAGAAUAUUCACCUGUACACAAACACUGUGGAAUGUGAAGUUUUAAAGAUGGAAGAAUAACGUCAACUCUGUGGAGAACACCAAUAAAUGUUUGUGACUGAGCUAUGUGGUACAUCUCUGUGAGUAUGUAACGGAGCUUUCGUUACUGCUUGUAGUACGAGGCAGUAGCUGAAACUGCUCUGGACCUAUUCUCUUUCCUUUUCUGAGUGAGAGUCCAUAUGCUGCUUCUGUUGGCUUCUGUCAGCUUGAUGCUGUUUGAUUUUGGACAGCCUGCUAUUUCUGAAUAUUGUUCUGGCCCCGAAUUUCUGGGUCCUUGUCGAUUUAUGAGAUUUGUCAAGGAUUCUUUGUGUGUGUGUGUGUGUGUGUGCAUGCGUUCAUUUUUGUAGUGGAUGGUGAUUCUUACAUGCUCUUUUGGUCUUCGUAUUAUGCCAUUUAUGGUUCAUUGUGCUGAGUAAUUAAAAAGCAAGUUUUCUUAGCCCUCUUGUUUGCAUGUAGCCUGAUCAUCCUGUCUAGGAUCUUUUCCCAACCCCGUGGUGCUUGCUCACACUGCAGCAUUGCAAACCUUUUAAUUUCUACCCUUCUUGAAUAGCAGCGUUUAGAAUUGGAACAAAA